AACGCGGGUAGCCGAGAACAAUCUUCCUAGCGCGAACGUGCUCCCUGUGACCAACCGGUGAGUCUUUCAUUACAAACAACCGGAUACUUUCCCGUUUAUCGAGAGAAAAGUUCGGAAAAUCUCCACCGGCGCUCAUACGGGACCACACAAGGCGCCAAACUAACGGACGACAUAUCUGAACCGAAGAGGAAAUUCGCCAGAAAAUGUCCGAAAGCGCGAACUGCGAGGAACAGCGGGAAGAGCCGACCGAACUUGACGAAGCACCAGGAGCAGCGGAGGAAAAGUCUGAUUCUUCCGAUGCUGGAAAAGAGUCCUCUUCAGAUGCCGGGCCUGAUGGACAAGAUGCCUCCCCCUCCUCAUCCAAAGCUAAAGAUGCUACUCCGGGGUAUGAGGAGAAAGUGCAAACAGACCGGACCAACAGAUUUGAGUACCUGUUGAAGCAAACGGAGUUGUUUGCUCAUUUCAUCCAACCAGCCGCGCAGAAGACCCCCACCUCCCCCUUAAAGAUGAAACCGGGACGCCCUCGCAUCAAGAAAGAUGAGAAACAGAACCUGCUCUCUGCCGGAGAUAAUCGUCAUCGCCGAACAGAGCAAGAGGAGGACGAAGAGCUUCUGAACGAGAGCACCAAGACGACUAACGUCUGCACUCGCUUUGAUGAUUCACCCUCCUACGUCAAAACAGGAAAAAUGAGAGACUAUCAGGUCCGUGGUCUGAACUGGCUCAUCUCUUUGUAUGAGAAUGGCAUCAACGGCAUCCUCGCUGAUGAAAUGGGUUUGGGGAAGACUCUUCAGACUAUUGCUCUGCUGGGUUACAUGAAGCACUACAGAAACAUCCCGGGUCCCCACAUGGUGCUGGUGCCCAAGUCCACCCUCUACAACUGGAUGAAUGAGUUCAAGAGAUGGGUGCCUUCACUCCGUGCAGUGUGCCUGAUUGGAGAUAGAGACCAGAGGACUGCCCUGAUUAGAGAUGUGCUGCUGCCUGGAGAAUGGGACGUGUGUGUCACAUCCUACGAGAUGCUCAUCAUUGAAAAGGCAGUGUUCAAGAAGUUCAACUGGAGAUACCUAGUCAUUGACGAAGCCCACAGGAUCAAGAAUGAGAAAUCAAAGCUAUCAGAAAUUGUGCGAGAAUUUAAGACCACCAACCGUCUGUUGCUGACUGGAACACCCCUGCAGAACAACCUUCACGAGCUGUGGGCUCUGCUCAACUUCUUGCUGCCUGAUGUCUUUAACUCAGCAGAGGACUUUGAUUCCUGGUUUGACACAAACAACUGCUUGGGUGAUCAGAAGUUGGUGGAACGUCUUCACACUGUUCUGCGUCCCUUCUUGCUUCGUCGUAUAAAAGCCGACGUAGAGAAGACUCUGCUUCCAAAAAAAGAGAUCAAGAUGUAUGUGGGCCUGAGUAAGAUGCAGCGAGAGUGGUACACAAAGAUCCUGAUGAAGGACAUUGACAUUCUGAACUCGGCGGGUAAGAUGGACAAGAUGCGUCUGCUGAACGUUCUCAUGCAGCUGAGGAAAUGCUGCAACCACCCGUACCUAUUCGACGGGGCCGAGCCUGGUCCCCCCUACACAACCGACCUCCACCUGGUGGUAAACAGUGGCAAGAUGGUGGUGCUGGACAAGCUCCUACCUAAGAUGAAGAAGCAGGGUUCUCGUGUGCUCAUCUUCAGUCAGAUGACCAGGGUGCUGGACAUCUUGGAGGACUACUGCAUGUGGAGGAACUACGGCUACUGUCGCCUGGAUGGCCAGACGCCGCACGAGGAGAGACAGAUCUCUAUCAACGCAUACAAUGAGCCCAACAGCGCCAAGUUCAUCUUCAUGUUGAGCACCAGGGCUGGAGGACUGGGUAUCAACCUGGCUACAGCGGAUGUGGUCAUCCUGUACGACUCCGACUGGAACCCUCAAGUCGACCUUCAAGCCAUGGACCGAGCUCACAGGAUUGGUCAGCAGAAGCAGGUACGCGUCUUUCGUUUCAUCACUGAAAACACAGUGGAGGAGAGGAUUGUGGAGAGGGCCGAGAUGAAACUGCGCCUGGACUCCAUUGUCAUCCAGCAAGGAAGACUUGUGGAUCCAAGCGCUAACAAGCUGGGCAAGGAUGAGAUGCUGUCCAUCAUCCGCCACGGUGCCACACACGUGUUUGCCUCCAAAGAGAGCGAGAUCACGGAUGAUGACAUUGAUGAAAUCCUGGAGAGAGGUGAAAGGAAGACUAUGGAGUUGAAGGAGAAGAUGUCUUCACUGGGUGAGAGCUCUCUGAGAAACUUCACCAUGGACACAGAGAACAGCAGUGUGUACACAUUUGAAGGAGAAGAUUACAGAGAGAAGAAAAAGGUCAUUACCAACUGGAUCGAGCCACCCAAGAGAGAAAGGAAAGCCAAUUACGCUGUGGAUGCCUACUUCAGAGAAGCUCUGCGAGUCAGUGAGCCCAAAGCACCCAAGGCUCCUCGUCCCCCAAAGCAGCCAAAUGUACAGGACUUCCAGUUCUUCCCUCCACGUCUUUUUGAGCUUCUAGAAAAGGAAAUUCUGUUCUACAGAAAGACCAUAGGCUACAAGGUACCCCGUAAUCCAGACAUGCCAAACUCGGCCCAGCUCCAGAAAGAGGAGCAGAGUAAGAUUGAUGAGGCUGAGGCUCUCACGGAGGAGGAGCUGGAGGAGAAGGAGAACUUGCUGCAACAGGGAUUUACUAUCUGGAACAAACGUGACUUCAACCAGUUCAUCAAAGCCAACGAGAAGUGGGGAAGAGAUGAUAUCGAGAACAUUGCCAGAGAGGUUGAGGGGAAAACUCCUGAGGAAGUCAUGGAGUAUUCUGCUGUAUUCUGGGAGCGCUGUAAUGAGCUGCAGGAUAUCGAGAAGAUCAUGGCCCAGAUAGAGAGAGGAGAGGCCAGGAUCCAGAGAAGGAUUAGCAUAAAGAAAGCACUGGACUCAAAGAUUGGUCGCUACAAGGCUCCCUUCCAUCAGCUCCGUAUCUCCUAUGGCACCAACAAAGGCAAGAACUACACAGAGGAGGAGGACCGCUUCCUUAUCUGUAUGCUUCACAAGCUGGGCUUCGACAAGGAGAGCGUGUACGACGAGCUGCGUCAGUGCAUCCGCAACUCCCCUCAGUUCCGCUUCGACUGGUUCCUCAAAUCCAGGACUGCAAUGGAGCUGCAGAGGCGAUGUAACACCUUGAUCACACUGAUAGAGAGAGAGAACAUGGAGCUGGAGGAGAGGGAGAAGGCUGAGAAAAAGAAACGGGGCCCAAAGUCUGGAUCAGCCCAGAAACGGAAGUCAGAGGGAACCGCAGAUGGCCGUGGACGCAGGAAAAAGCUCAAGUUGUGAAGCUGUUCGUAACUUGAAUCCUCCAUGUCAGAAUUCAAGAGCAGCAGCCAGCUCUGGUAUCUUUAGUCCUAGUGUCUGUGUUUGUUUUGCAGGCUGUGAUAAUGUACUGUGUAAAACCCUCUGAUGGACUGAUCUCGUGGUAAUAGGUUUUAGGAGGUGCUCCUUUACAAGCCUGCCUUGUUGUCACUUACCUAUACACUGCAGCUGUGCUGGCUUAGUUUUUCUUUGCUAGUCCCUCUUUUUUUUUCUUUUCUUUUUUUUUUUACUAGUACUAAGUUGAGAUAAAUGUAUUUAUGCCUGUUGGUUGUACCACAUUCCAUUGCUUGAAACAAAAUGUACCCUUCCCUUGUUAUUUUUAAGAAAACAUUUGUUCUUUUAUCUUCCUAUGUGAAGUAGAAAAUGUCUUUUUGAACAUCACAAAUAAACUUUCACCUUUUUUUU